AUGCGCGACCUCAAGCCGCUGAUGCUCCCCAAACUGGCGCCCGCCAGAGACCCUCUAACCGACUCGCCUACCGCCGACGAGCGCGCCUGCCAGCUCUAUCCCGAUUCGUCUUUCUCUGCUUCCGAGUGCUCUACGCCAUUGAGCCAAACCUUUUCCACCAACGGCCAUGUCCGCCACUCGAGCUCCCUCUCCUCUCUCUCAUCGUCGCCGCCCUCGUCCUACGAGCACCUGGACAGCAUGACCAGCUCCAGCAAGCUCCCCCGCCUGCCCGAGGAUCCUCUGGAGGGCCCCUUCGCCUCCGACCCCGACGACGACGACGAGGUCGAGGGCAAGCUCGGCUCCUGGUGCCUGUGCAGUGUCGCUGAGGGCUGCCCGCACGGUGACAGCAGGACCGCUCACUCAACCCCUAGCUUGACGAGCCCGGUGUUCGAGUUCGCCGACGGCCCGUUUGGCGACGACGGCGAGUCAAGGUAUUCUCCCCGCCGCCGCAGGUCGGGUGACUCGCCUGCAAGCAUCUCGUCACGCGUCGGCGAGCGCUUCCCCUCGCUCACCCGAAAGUGGAAAGAUCGCAGGACACCUUCGGGGCUGUCUAGAGAAACAACGCGCGCAUCCACGCCGUCCGGCGGUCGUUCCAGCCGGGCGUCGUCCAAUGCUGGAUCCGUCGUCCCCUCAGUGAACGCCAGCCUGACCGAACUCCCCCAGAGCCCAGCGCGGUCCUCGAUUGAGCGCGACGAUGAGCUGACACCCACUUCGCCAAUUGACAUCGUCAGGCCACGUGAGGAUGAUGACGAUGCGAUGGAGCGCGAGAGGCUCGCGUCGACUCCCCUGCUCCCGCCCGUGAUGUGCGGCAAGGUGGCGUCGUCGGAGAAGGACUGGCAGUCCCCGCUGCAGUCACCCACAGUCGCGGAUUCCAAUGCGACUUUUUCGGCCAUGAACAGCCCGUUGGGAACCCCGCAGGCGCCGAUGAUGCAAACCCCACCGCUGUCCACCAGGCCCUCGAUUGCCUCGUUCAGGCAUGGUCGUCCCGGCGGGAUGGUACCGAGCUCGGACAUCCCACCAAUGACGAUCAGCGACGACGACAGCGAGCAAGACGAGUGGGCGGAGAAGCUUGGCCACGCCAACUUUACAAUCCUGCCCAAGCCGUACAUGCCCGACGUCUGCGACGGGGCUGCAUACCGCGAGCUGUUCGCCAACUGGGAACGCGCGCGCCUCAACUUCACCAAGCACCUCGUCCGCACCGGCGAGCAUUUCGGCGCGACGUCCAAGACAUACCGGCUGACGGAGCAGAAAUGGGCCGAAGUCGACAGCCAAUGGAAGAAGUUCCACGAUGCCGCCGUCGCCUGCGCAACCUGGGACGGUCUCGACCACGCUACUGGCCCAACGCCGAGCGAACCCCCGCCACUGAUGACGCUGCCUGCACUAGAAGACCCGAAGAAGCCCGGGCAGUUCCCCAAGCUCGGCGACGAGGACAUUGUCGGUCCCAUGGUUCAGGCAGCGGCGAGGAGCCUUCCGCGUUCCUCCAAGAAGGCAUCCUGGGCCAAAUUCCUCAGCGACAUCAAGUCGCCCGGCACUUUUUUCGCACGCCCGAACCAGCAGAUCGGCGUGGGCUCGAGAUGA